UUUUAUUUCCAUUAUUUGUUAAAUACUCGUAUUCUCUGUUUUGCCCAGUACUUGUUUGUUCUUCCUUUAUUUGCUUUUUGCAAAACAAAACCAUGUUUUACUAGUGUUUAUCGACAUGAUUAUAGCGUAACCAUCACGGUCCAAACAUUUCAAGUUUUAAAAGUGCAAAGACAAACAUAGACUCAAGGUAAUAACGUUUAAUUUGAAUUAAAAAAGAAAUACUUCUUGAUGCAUUUCUGUUGCCACGCUACGUUGCAAGCCCUGUCAAAUGGCUUAUUACUCUGUACUUAAAGUGAAAAAGAUGAAUAAGCCGGAGGAUUUCGGAUAAACAUUGACUCUUACUCGGUGGCCAAGGAGCAGGACUUGAGCACCGGAUUUUCAUCACGAGAAUGACAACAAUCCAAACAGUUUUAAUUCUUGUUCUUUCAUUCAAAACCAUCGCAGUGGAUACAAAUGAAGAUCAUAAAAUGUGGAUGAGUAGGUUCGCUUCAGAGCCGGUCCAAGCGUUUCUUCGCACGCUAAAAUCCUGUCCCAGUGCAAAAACAGCGAUCUCUUUAGAGAAGAAAGACGAGAUAUUACCUAGAUAUGAUUCAAUCGUUAAAACUAGCGUUCAAGACAUUCCUAGUACAGAACAGACAAAACAAAUGAUGGUUGCCCUGUUUGGGGACGAAGGACUUUAUGAGAAAGAUCAUUUUAGACGAUCAGGAGAAAUCCACAAUGAAGGUUUUGCCUUCAUAACCUUAUGGAAAACGUUUGCAAACAAAAGUGCUCUAUUGAAGGAGAUUCAAAGAUCACAAAAUUCCAGCAUCGGUUCAAGCGUGUUCUCUGUACUUACGCAAAUGAUAUUUCUUCCGAAAGACAUAUCAAAGUUGAAAACAUGGCUGAAGGAAGGAAUAAAGAUUGGUGAGGAAGAAAAUAACAUCACUUGUGGUCCGAAGGUUGUUAUAAAUUAUAAAUGUUGUGAGAUUACAGCAGAACCGAUUCUCGCCCCAGAGUUUGGCUCCAUUGAAAUGGGAAUGGGUUGAAGCAUAGGAUUGUGCUUCGAGUGGCCUUACUUAAUAGAUACUGUAGUCGCAGAUUAAUAUUUUUUAUCAGUGCAGAGAUACAACUACCCCAAAACUGGAGUAGACUCUGGGUAAACAUAAAGUUUGAUUAGUCAAAUCGUCAGAAGGCGCAACGAAUAAGGAGCUGGUCAUGCAGUCUAAAUAAAAUGUUCAACUAGUUUUUAUCAGAUUUUGUCGUUUUUU